ACUAUGUAGAAGUGGAGGCAAUCAGGUUGUAAAUCAAAUAUGCAGAUUAAUAAAUCCCGUAUUAAGUCUGAAUUAAAAAUCAGACACAACGCAAGCGCAAAGUAAUGCUUGAUGUAAAACAAGAAAUUAAUCACAAUUUAUUACUGUCAAUAAUGUCAUUACUGUCAUAGCAAACGUGAUUCUUUGAAAACUAAAUCUUUCUUUUUCAAUGCUUCAUAAUUAAGAGAAAAUCCGAUGACACAGCAGCAAUUAUGGUUUUCAUUUACAUUUGCUGAUAGCAAAGCCUGCAUUAUUUAUUAAUCAAUGAAAUAUUCCAUCUUUAAGACAUGUUUCAAUCAAAGUUCCUGAAGAUCAAAGUUAGAGCUUAGCAUGCUGGGACCGAGAGGAAUUACUUAUUCGUUGGCAAAGUCAUUAUAAACAUUAACACAAACUCUUCACAUCAAGGCACACAGGCCCAAUACAAGCGUGAACAAGGUAUUGAGGUUUUGCUGAUGAGCCACUGACAUUUCACCAGCUGACACUGUCCCUCAGAGUUGAUCGCAUUCGCUAGUUUUCCAUUGUUUUGCACUAACCAAUCAUUAAUAUUCAUGAGUUGGUUUCUAUUGAUAAUCCAAAGAGCCAAUAUCGAAAGAGGGAUGGAAACAUGAAAAUUUUUUGCUGUUCCCACAAACAAUUUAUAACAAACAAGUUCGGCCAUUUACUAUAAAUAAUUCAUUUAUGUGAGAUACAAAGGAUAUUCAUGGUUGUGUCGUGUCAUCUGGAAGUGACCGUUUCGAGUAUUGUGCUCUGGUUUAACGAUAUUGAGAGUGGAUUUUUCUGCGUGUAUUUUCUCUUUAAACAGCCUGCCGUCCUGAUAAGCUCGUCAAAUCGAUAAUUGCCUUAUUCUUUGGCGUUCAGUGUGGUAUGGUUAUAAAUUUUGUCACGUUUAUUAUCUUGACAACCGCUGUUGAUUUUUCGCAUGGGACAAAGAACUCUUCGGUAAACCUGUACGAAUACGUAGGAAGCUUUACGGCGGUGGCAGGCCGUGGGUUUUCACGCACGUAUCCCCGUCACGCGUUCGUAGACUCAGGAUGGAGCCUGAGAGAACGCCUUAACGUCUAUCUUAGGACGAGCGAUAACAAGGAACUGUUUUCAAACACGUGGAUUUCUUUAGAUCCAACGGCACAAAGAAUAAUCGGUUUUCCAAUGGAAGGUAAUCGUGGCGAAUUCACAUUUCUUCUCUGCGCACGAAACCACAAACGUGAAGUAAAAAUUCGUAGCAUAAAAGUUGAUGUUUUGGUUGACGGGUCGCUGCCUAUUCAUAAAAUUGUUAUGAAACUGUCAAGAGGGUUUCGAAACUUUAUACUUAAUGUAGAAUAUAGAAUAUUAUUUGCAUCAACUCUUGCCGAGUAUUUGCAAGCCAACGGCAUCAAAGCAUCGAUGCGUGACAUUUGGAUAACUUCAAUCCAUACACACAAUUACACUAUAUCCUGGACUUUAUCUACGCAUAAUAAAAACAGUUGCAGUGAAAUCCUUAUAGAGAAAUUACCGCAUGCCUUAAUCAUCGAUGGAAAACCGAGGUCUGAGCUACAGAAAAAGCUGAACCCGCAUUUCGCUGUCAGCUACAUAUCAAUGAUUACAACAAAUGACUGUCCCACGCCAAGCCGUUUAGGCGUACUAACCGAAAAAAAGAACUUGAUAAUUGGUCCGUUGUUAAUAAUAAUAAUAAUGAUUGGUCUAAGCAGCCCAAUAUUUAUUGCUUACCUGAUAAGACGUGGCAUUCGCAAGAGAGAGUUCCGCAGAGCAGGUGACGUAAGGCAUGUUUUCAGUAACGGUGCUGCAACGCCUAUCUAUAUUGACCAAGAUAAAAAUAGUGAGAAUUCAAGAUCCCCUGAUGAUGCAAGCUGCAGGCAGCAGUACCGCUGGAGCCCAGACAUGACCAACCGUGUCCAAGUUCACAUACCAAGAUUCCCUCCACCGAGGCCCAUGCUCAGUCGAGGAGGGUCGCAGUACAGUAGUAUAGAGAGCACAAGGAGCUCGGCUUGGCACGGACUACCGACGAAUCAGUGUGCUGAGGGCGACGGGCUUCAAUUAGUGAACAUAGUGCAAUCAAUAAGCAAUUCAGCAAAUACUAUAAAAAGCUUGUUAGUUGGCAGCAUUGAACGUGAAUCAGAGACUGAUACAGUUCCGGUUAAUGGUACCGAAGAUGACUGCUUUAGUAUAAAGUCGGAGAGUAGUAAGAUUUUCGAGUCGGCUUUAAAGAAAGUAAGCCUGUUUAUUAAUAAUAGCUACUUCUCAGCACCAACACUGAUCAGAGUGUCCAGGUCAGAUUUGGAUGAAGACAGCAUAAUGACACGAAAGAGCUCUAUUGAAACUAGAAACAGCUCCUUUGAAUGCUCUAUCAUGUCAAGCGACCAUCCAACACCAUCUCAACUGAGCUCCGGUGUCAACUCAUUCGACACAGAAGUUUUUCUCACGGCAUCAUUUUCUCAGGAUGAGUCGUAUGGAGAAGAGGUAACAGCCUCACUAGUCGAUGACGUCAUCGUUGAAACGGAAAAGAUUGACGGAGAAGAUCGAAUAAAAAAGACACAAGAUCAGCAUCAAAGUCCAACAUCACAGAAGAGCAUUACAAGUGAAAACGAAAGUACAUCCGAAAAGGAGCCAGAAAAGACAGAUGCUACGGUUCCUUUGAGAAAAACAAGCAUUCGAGGAUCCCUUCAACGCUUGCCAACUAUUCAAGCUACUGAAGGCGAUGCCACCGAGGAAAAAGUGAGUAAUGCUAAAUCAGAUCUUUUGCAUCCUUGGUACAGAGAUCAAGCCAAUGUACGCAUACAGCAAAGCAAGAAGGGGACAACUUCUCAAUAUUACAUCGCGAAAGCAAUAAGGCCAGAGAAAGGAAAUGUCCGAAAGACUUUGCAAAAUGAAAUUAUUUACGAGACUUGUUAUGAUGAAGGGAUUGAAAAUCCAACCUUGGUCUAGAAUAUUG